AUGGAAACUGUUUUCUUCCGUUCACUGUCCUACAUUAUAACGGGUAGUGAGAGCCAGCACUUCCAGGUGAGAAAGGCAGUUUGUGCUCACAUGCAUGUCAUCCCCAUACAAAAAGUUAUGCAUUCCCCUUGCCAAAUUCAUGAGUACCUAAUGACAUCAAAAAUGGAACAAAUUGGUCAGUGGGCAACAGAAGUGGAAAUAUUUGCUGCAGCAAAUCUGUUACAAUCAAAUAUAUAUAUGUACACUAAAGUUGGUGUAAAUUGGAAAUGGGCAGAAUUUAAGCAUGACUAUUUACAAAGAACGUCUGUAGGAUUGCCAAAUGUAGCUAUAUAUAUAAAACAUAGAAAUACAAAUCAUUUUGAGCCUGUGAUGAGUGUUCAACAAAACAGUUUAAGUCUUACAGGAACAGACCUACUACAAAAAGAAAUUCUACGUCAGCUUCAAUUGUCCGAAGCAAAGGCUAAAAACUCAAGCAAUUCAGCUGUGGUGAGAGAAAAAGAUAGAGAACGAAAGCAAAAGAAAAGACAAUCAGCUGAGUAUAAACAAACAGAAAAUAUAAGAAAGAAAAAUUCUUCUGAAAACAGAGAGCAUGAAAAAAUACAUAAGCGAGUCAAAAGACAGUCAGAUGAGUACAAAAAGAGUGAAAGUACAAGAAAAAAAAAUUCUUCUAACAACAGAGAGCAUGAAAAAAUACAAAUGCGAGUCAAAAGACAGUCAGAUGAGUACAAAAAGAGUGAAAGUACAAGAAAAAGAAAUUCUUCUAAAAACAGAGAGCAUGAAAAAAUACAAAUGCGAGUCAAAAGACAGUCAGAUGAGUACAAAAAGAGAGAAAGUACAAGAAAAAGAAAUUCUUCUAAAAACAGAGAGCAUGAAAAAAUACAAAUGCGAGUCAAAAGACAGUCAGAUGAGUACAAAAAGAGAGAAAGUACAAGAAAAAGAAAUUCUUCUAAAAACAGAGAGCAUGAAAAAAUACAAAUGCGAGUCAAAAGACAGUCAGAUGAGUACAAAAAGAGAGAAAGUACAAGAAAAAGAAAUUCUUCUAAAAACAGAGAGCAUGAAAAAAUACAAAUGCGAGUCAAAAGACAGUCAGAUGAGUACAAAAAGAGAGAAAGUACAAGAAAAAGAAAUUCUUCUAAAAACAGAGAGCAUGAAAAAAUACAAAUGCGAGUCAAAAGACAGUCAGAUGAGUACAAAAAGAGUGAAAGUACAAGAAAAAGAAAUUCUUCUGAAAACAGAGAGCAUGAAAAAAUAAAUAAGAAAAGACAACGAGUUGAUGCUAAUUUCAAAGAACAAGAGACAAAAAGGAAGAAGUACAAUAUGGAAAAAAACAUGAUCAAUAAUUUUCACAAAAAAGUACGGAGUGGUCCAAACUUUAUAUGCACCAUUUGUGAUCAACUCUGGUAUAAAAAUAAUGUUACCUCACUAUCAACAGUGAAAAAAGGAAAUGACAUUUUAAAAGAUAGUUGUUUAAUGGAAAUCAAAAGUUCAAAUGGAAAAGUGUACAUUUGUUCAACAUGUAAAUCCCAUGUAUCCAAUAAUAGAAUACCUCCUCUAUCUAGACAAAAUGGUGUUUUUUUUGAAAAUCUACCGCAAGAAUUAGACUUAACACAACUGGAAGAGAGAUUGGUAGCAGCAAGAAUUCCGUUUAUGCAGAUGAGAGAGCUACCAAGAGGGGGCCAAGUAAGCAUAACAGGAAAUGUUGUCAAUGUGCCAACUGAUGUCAAUAAAACAGCAAGAAUUUUACCACGAAGACAGUGUGAUGAUGAGUGCAUUCCAAUAAAACUGAAAAGGAGACUUGGCUAUAAACAGCACUACCUUUAUGAAUAUGUGCGACCAAACAAAGUUAUAGGUGCAAUCAAGUGGCUCACAGAGCACAGUAUUUUGUAUCAGCAAGAAGGUAUCAUUAUUGAUGAAGAGUGGGAGCAACACCUAAAGUCUGGUACAGAUGUGAACCCUAUUGAACUUGUGGAGACUGGCACUAUGGAAUACUCAGUGAAACAUCAUAAAACUGAUUCGGAUUUAAGCCUUGAGGAACAACAAAGCAAUGAUGAUUUGGAAUAUGAAAGGUUGGAAGGUGUUUUUGAUAAAGAUCCAUUAGAUGGGGCCAGUGCAGGUCCUUUGGAUACUCUACUGCAAGCACAAAAUAUAAUGGAAGAAACCAGAGACAUUUUGUCAGUUGCACCAGGUGAAGGAAGUAGCCCAUUAAGCAUUUUUUUAGACAAACAUGCAGAAUCAUUAUCUUUUCCUUCUCUAUAUUGCGGCAAAGAAAUGAAAAGUGAAAAUGAUUAUGAUGUAAAAGUUCAUUAUACUGAUUUAUGUAAAUCUGAACUCCGACGCACUGAUAGAAGAGUUGCGGGACAUAUUCCAAAUCUUUUUUUCAAAUUGAAAAAAGUCCAGAUGAAACAUAUUUUAGACAAGGCCAAUAUCUGUCUUCGAAAAACAUGUGGAAAGCAGCAAAACCUUACUGCUGGAUUCCUGAAAUCUAGAGAUAACUUAAACACAAUAAUUCACACUGACUUAGGCUUCCGAGUGUUCAAAGAACUUCGUGGAUCACCACCUUAUUGGGAAAAGGUAAAGAAAGACCUCUUUGCGUUGAUACGAUAUCUUGGCAUACCAACAUGGUUUGCAUCUUUUUCAUCAGCAGAUACCCGAUGGACACACUUAUUGCAAAUACUAGGGGAAACAGUUGACAAAAAGAAGUAUUCCAAAGAAGAAGUCCAUCAAUUUUCAUGGUUUAAGAAACAAGAGCUGGUGAAAAAAGAUCCUGUGACAUGUGCACGACAUUUUGAUUACCAGGUUAGAACAUUCAUCAACACUGUCCUCAACAACUCUUCACACCCAGUAGGUGAAAUACAAGAUUUCUUUUACAAAGUGGAAUUCCAGAUGCGAGGCUCCCCACAUAUUCAUAUGCUUGUGUGGGUGAAGGAUGCUCCAAAGUAUGAAGAAAAUAAAGAAGAAGAUGUUUUACAUUUCAUCCGCAAAUAUGUCACUUGUGCGAAAUCAGAAGAGCUUGUGGACCUCAUUAACUUACAAACACAUUCACAUUCUAGGACCUGUAAGAAAAACAACAAACCAAUAUGCCGCUUUAAUUUUCCUUUGCCGCCAAUGGAUGAGACAAUUAUUCUCCAGCCUCUGCAGUGUGAAGUAGGUGAAGAUGAACAAAAGCAUAAACACAGUUGGGAUAAGAUCAGCGAAUUCCUUCAUAAACCCAAACCAGAAGAUCAUGACCUAGACUUCAACCAAUUCCUAACCCUCCUGAACAUGAAUAAGGAAGAUUAUUUGAAAGCAGUGAGAUCUUCAUUAUCUUCACCAAGAGUGUUUUUGAAAAGGUCAUUAUCAGAAACAAGAAUAAACAACUACAACCCUAUUCUCCUCAAAUGUUGGCGUGCAAAUAUGGAUUUACAGUAUGUUAUAGAUGCAUACUCCUGCGCCAUGUACAUAAUUAGCUAUAUAGCAAAAAGUCAGAGAGGAAUGAGCAAUCUACUAUACCAUGCUGCAAAAGAAGCAAGAGAGGGAAAUAAUGACAUCAGGCAACAGGUUAAGUUCAUUGGCAACAAGUUUUUGAACAAUGUAGAAAUUUCUGCACAAGAAGCAGUAUUCACCUUGCUGCAAAUACCAUUGUACAAAGCAACAAGAGAUGUGAUUUUCAUAAACACCAGUCCUGUAGAAAAAAGAACAGUGAUGUUAAAAGACUUCAGUACCAUUGAAAAUUUGCCAGAUGAUAGUGAUGAUGUCAUUGCAGAAGGCAUUCUACAACAAUACAGUAGAAGACCACCCCAGUUGGACACACUUUGCCUAGCUGAUUAUGUUUCAAAAUAUAAAAGAAUCAGACAGACAAGUGCUACAAAGAGGAAACAGACUUUUAUGGAUUACAAUUCUGAUGAAAACGAUCAGCCAUAUGAUGAAAACUGCAAACAAUUUUAUGAACUAGGCAAUGGUUACAAGCUUGUAAGAAGACAAAAACAAGUAUGUAUCCGUUAUGUUAGGUUUCAUCCUGAUAAAGAUUCUGAGAACUAUUACAGAGAAUCAUUAAUGUUAUUUUAUCCAUGGAGAUGCGAAGAUGAAUUAAUUGGUCUUUCUCAGUCAUACUGUGAACAAUUUCAGGUACUGACUAAUAUCAAUGACACUAUUACUGAGAAAAUAAAAGAAUACAAUCACAAGACAAAGGAAAUCGAUGAGGCAGUGGAAAAGCUUCAAGAAAUAGAUGAAGAUGUACUACAAGAACAAUGGAACCAAGUAGCUCCAAAUACACAGCAUGUUGAGGAGGAAUGUGCACUUCUUGAAGUUGAUCCAUUGUUUGCUUCACUAGAUCCAGAGGACAGUUCACCAGAAGCAGUAGAGUUGAAUGUUGGGUUAGGAGUACAAGGUGGGGCAGGUGUUGGAAAAACAGCCUUGACCCAUGCAGUUUACCAGAUGUUGUUGCGCUACUUGAAUAAAGAACCUGGUGCAAACCCAGAUGACUUAAAAGUUUUACUAGGAGCACCAACAGGAAAGGCAGCCUUUUUAAUAGGUGGCAAUACACUACAUCAUAUUUUUCAGAUUCCUGCCUCACAAGGAUUUCAGUAUAAAAAAUUGUCAAAUGAAAAGCGCAAUUCAUUAAGAUGUAGUUUUAAAUCUGUCCGUGUACUUAUUAUAGAUGAGUGCUCUAUGGUUGGAAAUAACAUGUUUAAUUUUAUUAAUCUGAGAUUGCAGGAGAUUAUGGGAAACAUUAAGGAUUUUGGAGGCUUAUCUGUCAUUGCGGUUGGUGAUUUUUACCAAUUGAAACCUGUGUUUGAUGACUGGAUCUUCAACAAUCUAAAAGAUGACUAUGGACCACUUGCAAGAAAUCUAUGGAAGGAUUUGUUUGAAGUAUUUUGUCUGACACAAAUCAUGAGACAAAAAGAUGAUGCUCCUUAUGCGGAGUUACUCAACCGCUUGCGCACAGGAGAUCAUAACAAUGAAGACAUAAGCAUUCUGAAAACUAGAGUUAUCGGAACCUCCUACUUGACAAAUGAAUAUCCAACAAACACAACACAUAUUUUUAUGACCAAUGAAAAAGUUGAUGCACACAAUGACUUAGUUUAUACACUAGCAAGUCAGACUGAUAAGAUUCGCCUCACUGCCUGGGAUGUUGUUAUAGGAGAUGUUGCAGAAAAUGUCAAAGAUGAAAUAAUACAGAAAAUACCAAAUAAACUUUCAAAAACAAUGGGACUCUCCAAAACCCUUAGCAUAUCACUGCAGUCAAGAGUAGAAUUAUCUACCAAUGUGGAUGUUGAUGAUGGAUUAGCCAAUGGUGCAUCUGGUCAAGUGAUGGGAUUAACACACUCAAAAAUAUCUCAUAAGGGUAUAAUUGUGUGGGUGAAAUUUGAGAAUGACAAAAUUGGAAUAAAAACUAGACAAUCACACUUACACCUCUAUACACAGAAAAUUCCUAAUUCUUGGACUCCAGUUGAAGAAAUUAAAAGACAAUUUCCAGUGGGCAAAUAUAGAAAUGCGGAGGUACUCAGGACUCAGAUCCCUCUGAGACCAGCUUCAGCAAAAACUGCACACAGAUGUCAAGGAGACACUAUGGAGGCAGCAGUUGUAGAUUUUGAAGGAAGAUCAAGAUGUCAUUGUCACUAUGUAGCCUUGAGCAGAGUGAAGUCAUUGAAUCAAGUCUUCAUCCGCACUUUAAAUGAAGGGAAGAUAUGUGUUAGCUCAUCAGUUAAAGAUGAAAUGAACAGACUUUUUCUUGAAAAGAAAUUGUGUCAUUCAUUAAUUUUCCCAACAAAUAUUGAUGAAAAAAAUAUUACUGUCAUGUUUCACAAUGCAAGGUCUCUGCAUGCUCAUUUUCUGGAUAUAGAGCUAGAUCCUAAUUUUAAUUCAGCAGAUGUGAAUAUUUUCGUAGAAACAAAACUGUCUAAAAAAGACAACAUAGAAGACUACAUGCUUACCGGCUACCAUUUAAAGCGCUUUGACUGUUCUUUGAGUGAAUUUGACUCUACAAGAUCUCCAUAUGGAAUUGCUGUAUAUUACAAACAUUGUGCAUACAAAAUCAGGAAUCACAUGAAAAUUAUUCCUUCUCAAGGAGUUAUUGAGUCAGUAACUAUCAAUUUGAAUCCUUAUAACAUUAAUGUUGUAUGUUUAUAUGUGUCACCAAAAAUAUCAAGAUGUGAAACAAAUUAUUUCCUCCAAGAUUUGCUGUCACCUUUAUCAUCAAGUUCUAUAAUCAUUCUGGGAGAUUUCAAUAUUGACCUUAAAUCAAAUACACCAUUGGAGACACUCUCUGGCUUCCAUCAGUACAUCACGACACCUACUACAGACUAUAAGUCUAUACUUGAUCCAUAUGGAAUUCUUUGUUAA